AUGACAGACCCAACUUUCCACAUCGCCACCCCGCGCCUCUACCUCACCCACCUCCUCCCCACCAACCCGGCCCACUGCGCCUUCAUCGUCACCCUCUACAACACCCCCGAAUUCAUCGCCUCCAUCGGCGGCAAGCCCACCUCCAUCACCACCCCGGACGCGGCGCGCAAGAUGAUCGAAAACCGCUUCGUCGCCGAGCACGCCCGCAACGGCUACGGGACCUACCUCGUGUCCCUCAAGCCCCCCGGUGCCACCACCGAGACACCCGGCGAAGACGACCUGGCCGCCAGCACCCCCAUCGGCACCGUCUCCCUCUCGCGCGGCGCGCCGCCGGACGCGUACGCCGCGCCGGACCUGGGCUUCGCGAUUCUCCCCGCGCACAUGCGGAAAGGUUACGCGCGCGAGGCGGCGGGGGCGUUGUUGGAAUGGGCGGAGAGGGAGCGAGGGGUGGAUGCCGUGCUCGGGCUGUUCGAUCCGGCGAACGAGGCGUCGAAGGGGGUGUUUCGGAGUUUGGGGUUCGAGGAUCGGGGGGCGAGGACGCUGAGGGUGUUUGGGGGCGUCGAGGGCGCGGUGUGGACGAAGAAGGGGAUGGAGGGGGAUUUGGGGGUUUAUGGGCUUUGA